ACAUACGGCCACAGGCAGCUGAGAACAAGGGAUCCCGUCCGCUCUCCCAUAUUUAAGCAGCUGACCGCGAGAUUAGUACUACGGUGGGUGACCACGUGGGAAUCCCUCGUGCUGUAUGUUUUGCACCUUUUUGCUCUUUCUGCUCUCGGUAAACAUUUGUGUUCAUCAGUCCGCUCUCCCAUGGUUUCUCAAAAUGGCACGUCCUUUGCCUAUAUGUCUAUUGUUCACUUCCGAGAUGCUGCCAUCUAUCGAAUAUUGCCAUCGUGGUUCGUGCGGACACUCUUAUCCUGGUAA